UCUACAAAACAACCAUUCACAUUCGAGAAUUCAACUGUUACGCUAAAUUUCGUCGUUAUUUGUUCGUUAUAACAUUCAUUUAUCACCUGAUAUCAAAAAAUUGGCAUGAUAUAACAUUCAGAUUCCUAAAAAUCGUAUAUAGCUAAAAAGUGAUAGUCAAAAAUAAAGUCAUACAGAAGAGGAAGACGAUGAAUCAAACAUUUUUACCGCCUCAGUGUGCAGCACAAAGUGUUGGCACUGCAAAUCAAUUGUUCAUUCAAUUGAUUCAAACGUUAAUCACUGCACACUGUACAAUUCCACAGUCAAAUAUAUGGCCAAAUGACUAUGGACCAACGGCAGAGAAAUCCGAUGGUGAAUGGUUUGAUUUUGUGGUGGUUGGUGCUGGCUCGGCCGGAUGUGUGGUUGCAAAUCGCUUGAGUGAAAAUCCGAAAUGGAAAGUUUUAUUGGUAGAAGCAGGCGGCGAUCCACCUUUUGAAUCGGAGGUUCCUGCGAUGUCCUCAGCAAAUCAGCGAACCGAAUACGAUUGGCAAUUUUAUGCAGAAUCAAAUACAUCAUGUAAAGCACUGAACGACAGUUGCUAUUGGCCACGUGGAAAAAUGUUGGGUGGUUCAUCGGCUAUGAAUGGAAUGUUAUAUGUUCGUGGUAAUGAUCGUGAUUACGAUCGAUGGGCUGAAAUGGGCAACAAAGGAUGGGAUUUCGAAAGUGUUUUGCCGUUUUUUAGAAAAUCGGAAAAUAAUCACUUUUCGCAAUUUGUUUACGGCGACAAUGGAAGGUAUCACAGUGACUCAGGCUCACUAAAUAUCGAUUUCUUUGGCGAAGAUCCGUUUGAAAAAACAAUAAUAGAUGCUGGUAUCGAAGAUGGCUACAAAUUUCUUAGCGAUAUAAACGCCGACAAAUAUAUUGGAUAUACGAAGUUACAAGGAACUUGUUAUCAAGGUCGUAGACAAAGUUCGGCCAAAGCAUUUUUGGCAACGGCAAAAAAUAGAACGAAUCUUCAUGUGUUGAAAUAUGGUCUGGUUCAAAAAGUUCUUCUGAACGAAACGAAUCGAGCCUACGGCAUUGAGUACAGAAGAAAUGGAAAAAUAAUAAAAGCUUAUGCAAAAAAAGAAGUGAUUGUGUCGGCUGGUGCGAUCAUGUCGCCGGUAAUUUUAAUGUUGUCUGGCAUUGGUCCGAAGGAAGAAUUGAAAAAGCAUGAAAUUACACCAAAAUAUGAUUUGGCCGUUGGAAAAAAUCUAUUGGAUCAUAUUGCCACAACGAUUUUCUUUCAAUUUGAUCCAACUUCAACUGACCCACUCGCUGCUUAUGAUAACACAUACAACUUAGCUAUUCACAGUACGGGUCGAUUGACAAAUGGACCAAUUUCAACCUUAUCUGCCUUUAUUAAUAUCGACAAAGCAAAAAAAAUUCCAAACAUUCAAAUUCAAUACUCUUUUUUUACCAAAAAUGCGUCCAAUCUUUCAGCUUACAUUAAAAAAUGUCGAUUUUAUGAUGAAAUCGCUACCAAACUUAUUGAUAUUAAUCAAAAUCAUGAUAUCGUGGUGAUAAUGGUAACAUUGCUUCAUCCGAAUUCAAUUGGUUUUAUGAAUUUAAGUGGAAGCUCGAUCUAUGACAAACCAAAUAUUUUUCCAAACUAUUUUGGCGCAGGCGACGAUUUAAAAACGAUGAUAAGUGCUAUUCGGCAUCAAGUUUCCUAUGAAAAGAGCAAAUCUUAUUCGGGAAAACAUGGAAAAUUUGUUAAAUUGCCGCUGAAAGAAUGUGAGGGAAUUGAGUACGACACCGAUGAAUAUUGGGAAUGCUACAUCCGGUACAUGGCAGCAACUAACUACCAUCCUAUCGGUACUUGUAAAAUGGGUCCACAAUCAGACCACGAAGCAGUAGUUGACGAUCGGCUCAGAGUUCGCGGCGUAGAUGGACUUCGCGUCAUUGAUGCUAGCAUAAUGCCGUACAUCACAUCUGGAAAUACAAAUGCUCCUGCUAUUAUGAUUGGAGAGAAAGGCGCUGAAAUGGUUAUUGAAGAUAACAAUUGAUAUUGUUCAAUCUCGUUUUUCUUUUCAACUCCAGUAAAUUUCAACAUCGUCUGAAUAUGAAGACGAGAAAUCUAUUAAUUCUCAACCUUAAUCUGCAUAAAUUGGGAACAUUAAAUGUGAAAAAUGAACAAAAUUAUGUUAA